CGUCCCGCUGGGCUUGCGGAGCCUCGCCACAGCUCUUUGCCUGACCGAGAGGAGUCGGGCUUUCGGGGAGCGGCGGGUCCCUGUGCUCACACCGAGGGCUUGGACCUGGGGGCGUACGGAGGCUGCGCGGGAACGGGACCAGCGGCGUUUUGCUGAUGCGCAUGAUGAUUAUUAUAAGUAGCAGCUGCCAGGAGAGGGAAAAUUAUAUGUACUCGUCUUUCCCCGUUUAAAGCCUUGGCUGACUCCUAAAGGUGAAACGUAUGGAUGACAGUAUGUUCCGGAUAGUGAACCAAAGAGGUUACAUUUGUAACGGGAAUUUAAAGAAGAAAAGAAAGGGAUAUGUAAAGACCCAUUUGUCUAUGAGGCAGAUGUCCAGGUGCAGUUGAUCAGCAAAGGUCACCCAAGUCUUCUGAAAGAUAUUCUUACUGAAAAUGACUUGAUAUUCCUUAUGGAAAAAGUGCCCUUAGAAAAGGAAGAAACAAGUCAUGUUGAAGAACUUCAGUCUGAAGAAACUGCAAUUUCUGAUUUCUCUACUGGUGAGAAUGUUGGGCCACUGGCUUUACCAGUUGGGAGAGCAAGGCAAUUAGUUGGACUUUAUACCAUGGCUCAAAAUCCUAAUAUGACCCAUUUAAAAGUAGAACAGCCAGUUACUGCCCUUCCUCCCCUUUGGGUGAGAUGUGACGGUUCAGAUCCUGAAGGUACCUGUUGGCUUGGAGCUGAGCUUACCACAGCAAAUGCGAGUAUUACAGGGAUUAUCUUGUAUGUGGUCAGUUGUAAAGCUGAUAAAAAUUACUUUGUAAGUCUGGAAAAUCUAAAAAAUUCACACAAGAAAAGACAUCACUUGUCUACUGUAACAAGCCAAGGUUUUGCCCAGUAUGAGCUCUUCAAGUCUACUGAGUUGGACGAUAUGGUCACACCAUCACAAACUACCAUCACUUUGGAUCUUUGCUGGGGUCCCGUGGAUGAGAUUCUUCAAACCCCUCCACUCUCCUCAACUGCAGUUCUGAAUAUCAAAGUGGAAUCAGGAGACCCAAGAGAUUGUUUGACUCAUCUUCACAGAGAACUGAAAUUUCUUCUUGCUUUGGCAAACGGAUUGAGGACUGGUGUGGCUGAAUGGCCCGAACCUCUGGAAGCAAAACCUGCUGUUGACAUGGUGCAGGAGUUUCUGGAGGACUUAAAUAAACUGGAUGAAUUUGGUGAUUCUACAAAAAAAGACACAAUAAAAGAGACAGUGAACCACGACGCUGCUGCAGUUGAUAGGUCCGUACUCAUCACAGUGCGCGAGGAUCUCGAUUUUGUUGAACAACUUUGGUGCAAAAUGAGCAGCAGUGUGGUUUCGUACCAGGACCUGGUGAGGUGUUUCACGUUGAUCCUCCAGAGUCUGCAGCGUGGGGACAUACAGCCAUGGCUCCAUAGUGGCAGUAACAGCUUACUAAGUAAGCUCAUUCAUCAGUCUUACCAUGGCACCAUGGACACGGUUUCUCUCACUGGAACACUUCCACUUCAGAUGGCUUUGGAAAUUGGUUUGGACAAACUGAAAAGAGAUUAUGUCAGUUUUUUUAUAGGUCAGGAACUUGCAUCUUUGAAUCAUUUGGAGUACUUCAUUUCUCCAUCCGGAGAUGCACAAGAACAGGUUUGCCAUGUACAAAAGCUCCAUCAUAUUUUAGAAGUACUAGUCAGCUGCAUGCUCUUCAUUAAACCGCAACAUGAGCUCCUGUUUUCCUUAACACAAUCCUGCAUAAAGUAUUAUAAGCAAAAUCCUCUAGAUGAACAACACGUUUUCCAGCAGCCGGUCAGACCAGCUGCUAUUAAAAACUUCUAUCAAAGUGAGAAGCCACAGAAAUGGAGAGUAGAAAUAAGUAGUAGUCAAAAGAAGGUGAAAACAGUUUGGCAGCUGAGUGACACCUCACCUGUGGACCAUCUGACUCUUCACAAACUUGAUUUUUCUGAAUCUACACUAAACGGUAGUCUGGAAGAGAGGACACCCUUUACCAGCAUGCUUACUUGCAGCCAGGUGCAUUUCAAGUAAAGUGCUCAGGGGUCCCUGGUCAG